CUGGCCAGAAACCUGUUUCCCUCAAAUCUUGUGGUUGCCACUUUCCGCACGUAUGCAACUGAUUAUAGAGAGAUGACCCACAACACGAGCUCUGGAAACGUAACCCAUGAAAAGAUCCCCAUUGGCACCGAGAUCGAAGGGAUGAACAUUUUAGGACUGGUCCUCUUUGCCCUGGUGUUAGGAGUGGCCCUAAAGAAACUCGGCUCCGAAGGAGAAGAGCUCAUCCGUUUCUUCAAUGCCUUCAAUGAGGCAACGAUGGUGCUGGUGUCAUGGAUCAUGUGGUAUGUGCCUGUGGGCAUCAUGUUCCUGGUUGGAAGCAAGAUUUUGGAAAUGAAAGACAUCAUUGUGCUGGUGACCAGCCUUGGAAAAUAUAUCUUCACAUCCAUAUUGGGCCAUUUUAUUCAUGGAGGAAUUGUUCUGCCACUUAUUUAUUUUGUGUUCACACGAAAAAACCCAUUCAGGUUCCUCCUGGGCCUCCUCACACCGUUUGCAACAGCAUUUGCCACGUGCUCCAGCUCAGCAACCCUUCCCUCCAUGAUGAAGUGCAUUGAGGAGAACAACGGUGUGGACAAGAGGAUCAGCAGGUUCAUCCUCCCCAUCGGGGCCACCGUGAACAUGGACGGAGCGGCCAUCUUCCAGUGUGUGGCCACCGUGUUCAUCGCCCAGCUCAACAACAUCGAGCUGAAAGCAGGACAGAUUUUCACGAUUCUAGUGACGGCCACAGCCUCCAGCGUUGGAGCAGCUGGCGUGCCCGCUGGAGGGGUCCUCACCAUCGCCAUUAUCCUGGAGGCCAUUGGGCUGCCCACUCAUGACCUUUCUCUGAUCCUGGCUGUGGACUGGAUUGUGGACCGCACCACCACCGUGGUGAACGUGGAAGGGGAUGCCCUGGGUGCGGGCAUUCUCCACCACCUGAAUCAGAAGGCGAUGAAGAAAGAGGAGCAGGAACUGAGCGAGGUGAAGGUGGAGGCCGUCCCCAACUGCAAAUCGGAGGAGGAGACGUCGCCCCUGGUAACACACCAGAACCCCGCCGGCCCUGCGGCCAGCGCCCCGGAACUGGAAUCCAAGGAGUCGGUUCUGUGACAGGGCUCGCUUUGGGCUUGCCGGCAGCGGCGGUGCCCGGCCUGUUAGUGCAGCUGCCGAAUGCCAGACACCGCGCUCGCUCUCUGACUUUUAGCCUCCAAGCAAUGCUUUGGCCCAGUCACCAGUUUGAGGAUUACCUCUCGGCACAGGCAUUGGGCUUCCCAGUGGGAACUGGUUACCGAAGACCAGGGCACUCUGAUAUUCGGCUUCAUCCGUGUCCAGGUGCAACCGUGUGUGCUCUGUUUGGAAACACGCCCUCCAGCUGCCAGGCUGGGUGCGUAGCAGGCUCACAGGUCCUGGCAGUCAGAGUGUGGAACAUGUACUCCUCAUUGCGCCCAGUCAGCUCUGCACUGGGUGCUCUCUGGGCAAACCCAGGGGGUUUACAGUCAUCUGUCGCAUUGCCUCAUGAGCCGGAGUAAUUGGAAAAAUUCCUAAAUUCUUACCCUUGGCUGGAAUUCACUGAGCUGGGACUCGAGGUGUCUAGAUUUUGUACUGUUGCGAGGUGUGGCUGGCUUCUGAUUCACUGGUUGCUUGGGGGCUUGGAGGCACUGCAAGUUGUCAAGUUAGAAAUACUCUAGAUGGUGUUAGCACUGCGGGGGUCUCUGGUCAGGGGCACUAAGUAAACAGUUUAAAUUCUGAGGUCAGAGAAAGGAGGGGGCAUGCAGCCUGCAGGGGAAGGGAUGCACCCUAUCAGGACGGGCGCGCGCGCGCACACACACACACACACACACACACAGAGUCAUCCUUAUUCUCGUCCCAACCCCUGGGGAAAUUUGCUGCUUCUGUGACCUGGCCUCUGACCACACUGUAGCUUUAUCCCCAUCCACUCCGAUCUGGCAAUAGGCAGAGAGGGGCCUCUUCCUCCAUGGUCAUCACAUUCAGAACCCUUGUUGGUUUAUCAGUCUAUUAUUAUAAUUCAACCAGACCCCUAAAAUGCUGCACUGCAGCAAAACAAAGACAAAAAGAAAACCACAAACCCACUCACUAAUUAGGGUGGGAUGCCCCCAUUCCAAGUUCCCCAGACCCCCCAGCUUUGGCUGAUUUCUGUGGGCUUAGUUUCUUUUCCUGCCAGUACAUCAAGAUUUAAAUUAUAAGCCAAAUGUCCGCUUCCUCCAGAUGCCUACUGACUGGGUUUGAAUGUAGGCGAGGAGGCUUCAUAAAGAAGACCCGUGUUGCCAGGGACAGGGAGGACUGAAAGGCACAAGAAUGCUAUUUCACUGUGGCUGUGGUGUGUAUCCUUGGUGUGACCUGCAGCAAGUCCUGGGCCUCACUUCACCCCAUUUGUAAAAUGGGGCUGAUGUCACCUGCCUCUUACCUACCUCAGAGGGAUUUGGUGAAUCCGUGAAAACAACCAUUUCAGUUCUUGGAUAUCAAGUGCUGACACCCCAAAGCUCUUAGUUUUUACCUAAGUGAUACCUUUCUCCACAGAGGCCUCAUCCUGCUGGUAAAAAUAUCUCUUACGACCAGGGCUUUCUGCUCUGUGUGCAUUAACCACUUCUAUCAUGCCCCUCGUUCUCUUUGUAGUUAUUUGAUAGCAUCAAGUGCAACCUCCUGAUGUCGUUCAAGCGUUCCUGAAUCAGCCACCCCCACCUUCCACCACAUUUCUGGGUCCCUGACUUCCGUGUGACUCCAAGACCCGGGCAGCAGCUCUGCCACUCACAACAGGCCACAACGGCUCCCAGACUGUCGGCAUCCUUCGUUUUCUUAUUUUCCCUGUUGCCGUGGCAUUGCUGUCACCCAGGCCCUGCAGAAGCGAAACACACACACACACACACACACACACACACACACACACACACACACACGUUAGGAUGUGUGUCCCAUUGUACUGAGAAUGGGC